AUGAUAGAAUUUGUUUUGUUUUUGGGGGUGUGUUUUGUUCUAGGGGGGUUAGCAGUUGCAUCUAAUCCUUCUCCUUAUUAUGGGGUGUUAGGGUUAGUUGUGGCGGCGGUUGCAGGGUGUGGUUGAUUGGUAAGUUUGGGGGUUUCUUUUGUUUCUUUGGUGCUUGUUAUGGUUUAUUUAGGGGGAAUGUUAGUGGUGUUUGUUUAUUCGGUGUCGUUAGCGGCCGACCCUUAUCCGGAGGCUUGGGGUAGUUGAGGUGUUGUUGGUUAUGGUUUUGGGAUGGGGUUGGUUGUAGUGGUGGGACUUGUUAUGGGGGGAGUGUUGGGGCUGUUGGCGGAGGAGGGGACGGUAAAUAGUGGGGGUUUGUUGUCAGUUCGGUCGGAUUUUAGUGGUGUGGCUGUGUUGUACUCGGAGGGGGUGGGAUUGCUCUUAAUCGGGGGAUGAGGGUUGUUGUUAACUUUGCUUGUGGUGUUGGAGCUUGUGCGGGGGUUGUCUCGGGGGGCGAUUCGGGCCGUUUAG